UCGUAUUCAUGCUGUGUGUCGCCUCUUCUCACUGCCAGGAGGAAAAUUCUGGAUACCACUCAGGUGAGGAACACACCUAUGAAGAGUCUUCUGCAGUUGACCACUAUGACAACUUAGCUGCUCCUCAGCCAGAAUAUCCACCAGAGCCAACUCAUAGCUAUGAUGUGGACCAGAUAUUCGAGGAAGAGGAUUAUGACACUUAUGGCCCAAUCCCCACCCAAGUCACCAUGAUCACUGAGGACACCUUUCCCUACAUCACCACCACUGAGUCCCACUAUGCCAAAGAGGACACUGAGAUCGUGCAGGUGCCAUAUGAGUACCCUCCUGACACUGGCUCCUCAGAAGAGUCAGGGGGCGAUGCAGAGCUUGGGCAGGUGGGGCCAACAGAGUGUGACUGUGAGCCCGGAGAGCCUGGAUUUGCUGGCUUCACAGGACCAAAGGGAUCCAGAGGACUGCAGGGUAAAACUGGUAAACCAGGGUCUCAAGGGAGAGAGGGCUAUAAAGGGACCAAAGGUGUUCAGGGAAGGAGAGGAGAUACUGGCCCAGUGGGUGACCCUGGUCCUGAGGGAGAUGAAGGAGCUUCUGGUUUUUCUGGAGCCACCGGAGAACCUGGACUUCCAGGAGAGCCAGGUGAGCCUGGAGAUGUGGGUCUAAAGGGUGACAUGGGAUUGGAGGGACCCCGUGGAGGAGUCGGACCUCCUGGUGAGACUGGUCGUCGUGGUGAUGCUGGGCCUGCUGGAGGAAGAGGGACUAAAGGUAUCAAGGGCGCUCCUGGUGACAAAGGCGAACAAGGUCCUCAGGGACGAGAAGGACCAAAGGGUCAAACAGGAGCACCUGGGUUUCCAGGUGAUGUUGGCGAGAGAGGCUACACUGGUUAUCCUGGACAGCCAGGGCCAAUCGGAAAGAGCGGUCCAAAGGGGACUAAAGGUUACAGUGGCUUGCCGGGACAAGGUGGUGACCCUGGAGAAGAUGGUCCUAUAGGAGUCCCAGGGUUUAUGGGAGAACCGGGGCCAUUUGGUGCCAAGGGGAGUAAAGGGGAUGGUGGCGUCAGAGGACCUCGAGGGAGAGUGGGCGCUGUGGGAGCCCAAGGAGAACAAGGAGAUGCUGGAAUACCAGGAAAACCAGGAGCAAAGGGCCUCAAAGGCCCAAAAGGGCCCAAAGGUGAGACGGGACCUGAUGGGGAGAAGGGUGCAGCAGGGAAGAAGGGCAUGAAGGGCGAGAAAGGACAGAAGGGAAGCGUAGGAGACCGUGGAGACAGAGGACAGCGUGGACCUAAGGGAGCUGUUGGUCCCAUUGGGGCUCCAGGCCCGGUUGGACCUCCUGGUAUCCCAGGGGUCAGAGGACAACGUGGUCCAGCCGGGGACCCAGGUCUUAAGGGUCGAGCUGGACCUAAAGGAGUGCGAGGUCCAUCUGGUCCUGGGCUUACUGAUGAGCAGGUCUUGCAGCUCUGCAGAGGUGUUGUCACAGCUCAGAUCUCUCAGUAUGCUUCCUCCAUCAGAGCCAAGUGCUCUCAGGGCUGUCCCAUCAACAACCGGACACUCAUUGGGCCUCCAGGAGCUCAAGGACCACCAGGGGCACCAGGCAAAGCUGGUAAAGCAGGAAAACCCGGAGCAAAAGGAGCCAGAGGUGUUCAAGGUGACAGAGGAGUGGAGGGACAAAAGGGAGCACCUGGUGACAGAGGUCAAAAGGGACCCAAAGGCGUUGUAGGAGAUCCAGGUAUAGGGCUGCCAGGACACGACGGACCACAGGGACCCAGAGGUUCACCAGGUAACCCAGCAGAACCAAAAGAUGGCAUGGAGGGUCCCCGUGGGCCUCGUGGCUUCCCUGGUCCCGUGGGUCCACCCGGCAUGGUUGGAUUUGCAGGUGUACCGGGAUUUUGCGAGGCACGGGACUGCAGCAUUUAUGCACCAGUGAUGCGCAAAGAGCAGGGUCUGGUGAAAGGGCCAGUGAGUUAAAAAAUCUGAACCCAAACAUCAGAUAUUAUGGUGCUUAUAGGAAUAACUUGGUUUUAACAAUGAAAUAUUUUACAUACAAUAUUGUGACAAUAGUCUGUCAAAAGCUGUGAUAUAAAUGUCAGUGGAUAAAGUGUAGUAUCAUGAUGCACUUCAAGAUUGUGCAGAAAUCUCAUGCCUCUAGUCAACAUCUGAUACCACACAGGGAUUAUACUUCAUACGUGUUCAAACUCUGCAGCAGUUUUUACUGCUGUGUAUGUUGUGACUUUAGAAAACGAUAAAUUAUUCCAAGCUGAUUCCUUAUUUCUUCAUUUUAGUUUUUUAAUUUCUCUGGUACCCAAAGAAUAAAUAGAUAAAUCUAUGUAAAUAUUUUGUAAAGACUCUAAAGUACAUGUACUGUGCUCUGAAACAA